AUGCGUUUGUGUUUUAUCAUCAGUACAAUAGUUACUUUGUUUUGCACUUUAUCUGUGAAAUCGUGGCGUUUUAGAAAUAAUCAACUGUCUCCUGUUAUAUUUGUUCCAGGGGAUGGGGGUAGUCAAGUUGAAGCAAAACUCAAUAAAACAGCGGUUGUACAUUAUUUUUGUGAAAAGGUUUCUACAGAAUAUUUUAAUAUCUGGUUAAAUUUGGAAUUACUUGUACCAGUUAUCAUAGAUUGCUGGAUUGAUAAUAUGAAGUUAAUAUAUGAUAAUGUUACAAGAACAACAAGAAAUCAAAAUGGUGUUAAUAUACGUAUACCAAGUUGGGGUGAUCCAUUUGUCGUUGAAUAUCUAGAUCCAAGUAAAGCUUCUCCUGGAGCCUACUUUAAGGAUAUUGGUAACAUGCUAGUUAAUGAACUUGGAUAUGUUAGAAAUUACUCUAUACGUGGUGCACCUUAUGAUUUUAGGAAAGGACCUAAUGAGAAUGAAGAAUUUUUCAAAAAAUUAAAGGAGUUAGUUGAAGAAACUUAUGACACGAAUAAGCAAGUUCCUGUGACAUUAUUAGCUCACAGUAUGGGUGGACCAAUGUCGCUUAUAUUUUUGCAACGUCAGUCACAAAAGUGGAAAGACAAAUAUAUCAAUUGUUUAAUUACUCUCUCAGCCGUUUGGGGUGGCUCAGUUAAAGCUCUUAAAGUAUUUGCAAUUGGAGAUGACUUAGGUUCAUACGUUUUACGUCAAAAUAUUCUCAAAGAUCAACAGAUAAGUAGUCCUAGUUUAGGGUGGUUAUUACCAUCAAGAUUAUUUUGGAAAGAAAAUGAAGUAUUGAUACAAUCACAAGAAAAAAACUACACAUUGUCUACAAUGCAAGACUAUCUAAUAGAUAUAGGUGUUCCAAAUGCUUGGGAAUUUAGAAAGGACAAUGAAAAAUAUCAAUUAGAUUUUACUGCUCCAGGAGUUGAGGUACACUGUUUAUAUGGGAAUGGUAUAGAUACAGUGCAAAGGUUAUAUUAUAAACCUGGUAUAUCAAUACAAGGAACUCCCCAAUUAAUUCCUGGUGAUGGUGAUGGUACUGUAAAUUUAAGAAGUUUAGAGGGUUGUAAAAAUUGGCAGGGUAAGCAAAAACGGAAAGUUUAUUCUCAAGCCUUCCCUGGUGUAAAUCAUAUGGAUAUCCUGAGAAAUACUAAUAUCUUAAGUUACAUUAGAACCGUUUUAAAGGUGCAAUAAGAUUAUCACGACGAGCAUGUACAGCUAAGGACAUUAUAAUUAGAAACACUAGUCUACGGAUAUUAUGUAUUUAAAUACCAUUGUUAUUAUGUUUUAUAUUAAGUAAAUUUUGACAUUAGUAAUCAAGUAAUACUACAAAGUGCUAUUUUUAAUUGACUACAACUAGAC